AUGCCAGCAUAUGCUGUGUUUGCGGAUGCAGCGGAGGAGUACAGCAGGAUACAGCGAGUGAAGGAGCGAAUGGAGCGGUGGAAGCAGCAGCACCCCUCAGCCUACCCCUUGCCCUACCAUCAAGCCAAUCCCACCUCUCCACCCUUCCGCAACCCCUCAGAUGCAGUCUUUGCCGACGCUGCGGAGGAGUAUAGUAGGAUAGAGCGAGUGAAGGAGCGGAUGGAGAGGUGGAAGCAGCAGCACCCCGCGGCCUACAGGGACGCCUAUGCCAGCAUGUCAGCGCCGGCCCUCUUUGCUCCCUUCGUGCGCCUGGAGCUGCUGCGAUGGGACCCGCUGUUUGGGGGAGGCGCGUUUGACUCCAUGCACUGGUACUCAGUCCUCUUUGACUAUGGCCUCCCAACCGACGGCUCCGAGCCUGCGCCGGACGACCCGGACGCGAACCUGGUGCCGAGGCUCGUGGAGAAGGUGGGGCUGCCGAUCCUGCACCACGCGCUGCAGCACUGCUGGGACCCGCUGGACCGCGCCGCGACCAAUCGCGCGGCGACAGCUGUCGAGGAGGUGCUGGUGUAUGUGGAGGCGGGAGCGCCGGCAGUGGUGGAGAUGGUGAAAGCAGUGGAGGGGCGCAUGGAGGGGACGGUUGCUGAAAUGCAGCUACCAGCGUGGCCGCCCCCCAUACUGGCAUCCUGCCCCUCCGCUGCUCGAUUUGCAGCGCAGAGAUUUGGGCAGGCGCUGCGCCUCAUUCACAACUUGGGCAGGAUGCGAGACGUGGUGUCUCAGCAGUUACUAGAUCGACUCGUGCUGCAGUCUCUCCUGGCCAAUCAGCUGCUGCCACAUCUGCGCGCCCUCGCCCCCGCACUGCACGAUGCCGUACCCCGUACAGAGCGACUCGUUUGUGUUCUGUGUGACGGCAAGUGGGCCGGCACGGGCAGCGGGAGCGCCUUGCCUCCUUCGGCCGAACCCAGGAACAGUCCCAGGUCUCCGCUAUCACAACUGGUGGCUUAUAUCGAAACGCUGGGGCGGUCUGUGGAGAGUCGGAGUGCAGUGGAGGGGCAGAAGGAGGAGUGUGUGGGGCUGGCGAGGAGGCUGAAGCGCAUGCUGGUGCAGAUGGAAGAAAUGGAUAAGGCCAGGGCGCUUGGCAAGGGAGAGGAGUGUGUGGAGCUGGCGAAGAGGCGGAAGCGCAUGCUGGUGCAGAUGGAGGAAAUGGAUAAGGCCAGGGCACUCUGCAAGGAUUUUGGCUUAAAAGAGGCAGUGGUGGUGUGUGCUAGCGCCAUGUGUCGGCUGAUGGUGUAUUUAGGCACGCCAUGCCUACUAGCCGACUUGGUUACCAAACCGUCUAGAUCGCUAACGCGCCAGUCUUACGACGCUAAGGAACGUUUAACGGGUCAUGGGUACCUUAACGGGGACGGAUUUGGGAUCGGGUGGUACUCACCCGAAGGCCAUGGUCCUCUAGCGAUCGAGGAUCCGACUCCUUGCGUUUUCUCCUCCAUUCAGCCAGCCUGGAACAAUGGUAACCUCAAGCGGUUGGCGAAUAAGAUAAUUUCGCCACUCAUCUUCGCUCACGUUCGGGCGGCGUAUCCAGGAAUUCCCGUCAAUGACUCCAACUGCCAGCCAUUCGUGUGCGGGCGGUACAUAUGGAUGCACAAUGGUGGGGUGGGGGGAUUUCACAAGGUACGGAGAAAGCUUCUGGAGUCGCUGCGUGAUGAUGUGUACCAGCAGUGCCCCUCCUUCGAGUCCGACUCCGCCAUCUGCUUCGCUCUCUUCCUCAACCAAAUUCAAGACCCCAUGCAGCAGCUCGCUCCAGAGGAGCUAGUGGCGAAGAUGGAGGCGACGAUCAACGAGGUGAACCGGCUGUGUGGCGAGGCGGGGGUGGCAGACGAGCUCUCUCUGCUCAACUUCGUUGUCUCUGAUGGCCGCACCGUCGUCGCCACCAAGUACUGCAAUCUGCCCCACGAGGAGUGCGCGACGCUGUACUACGCGAGUGGGAGCCGGUUUGAGGCGCGGGACGGCAGCAGCAAUGAUUACUUGGUGCGCCACGCCGACCGCCGCGGGCUGCUGGGGAUCGUCGCCAGCGAGCCGCUCACUGAUGAGAGCGCUGACUGGAUCCAGGUCCCUCGAAACACGGCAGUGGUGAUGACGCGGUUCAAGGGCUCGUUUGUGGACGUGCUGCUGGUGCCCAUCAACCCGCCCCCCUCCGUGGCUCGCGACAUCUCCCGCGCCUUCAAGGCCCUCGCCAGCUGCCCCCAAACCUCCCUCAAGGUCUCCCUCCGGCGCCCCCGGCGAGCGCAGGGCAGGAGGCGGGCCCCUGCUGCUGGGGCUCUGCAGCAGCGGCAGCAGCAGCAGCAGCAGCAGACGGUGCUGCAGUCUCCAGUUUCGAGCGCCUCUUCUCAGUCUACAUUAUCUGCAACUACAACCACUCCACCUCCUCUUCCUGCUUCUGCUUCUCCGGCUGCUGCUGCGGCUGGCAGUGGAUCACCGGCAGUGCUACCAGCUGCAGCUGCAGCAGGAGGAGCGGGCAGCUGGAAAGAGGGUUUGCGAGAUCUGGUCAGGGAUCAGGACGGGAGGGACACCACUGGAGACGAGGAGGAGAGUGAUGAAGACGAUAUUGAUGGGGAUGCCGAGAUUUACGGGUAUCCCAGCAGUCAGUCUUGGAAUGGUGGCGUCAGCAGCAACGGCGUCAACAACACCAGUAGCAGCAGUGUGAGAAGCAGGAGGCAUGCGGCCACCACAGUUCCCCCACCAGAGGGCAUUCCUGUGACGGACAGGCCGCGGCACGCAAUGGCGAAGCACCGGCAGGCGGUGCUGGCGCUGGCAGUGGAUGGUAACCGUGUGUUUGCGGGGUCGCAGGACGGGCUCAUCACGCUGUACGAGCUGCGGGACUUCCGGUGCGUGUGCACGCUGGCGGGGCACAGCCAGACCAUCUUCUCCCUCUCUGUGCACCACGACCGCCUCUACAGCUCCUCCACCCGCGUCGUCAAGAUCUGGGACACCAAGACCUUCCGCCUCCUCUCCACUCUCCGCUACUCCGAUGGGGACGUCUUUGCACUCGCCCUCGCGCUUGGAAGGUCUGUGGCCGGCCCUGCAGGCACCUCCAUUGUUCGCUGCACCAGGGCUUCAGCUGCCGCUGCUGCUGCCGCUGCUAAGGGGCAUUCAGGGGAGGGGCAGGGGGGUGGGCAGAAGCAGCUGAAGCAUCUGCACAGCUUGAAGGAUUUCGUGAUCCCCUCGGGUUCCUCAUUUCCCGAUGCCUCGGCCGUGCUGGACGCUUCUGUGUCACAACCACCUGGUUCUACUGCUGCUGCUGGUGCUGGUGCUGGUGCUGCUGCUUCUUCUGCUGGUGCCUUCUCUCCAUCACCUGCGGCAGCCAAUCACAGGUCGCCAGCUGCCAUGGCAGCAGCGGCGGCUGCUGCAGCUGCAGUGGCAGCAGGAGGAGAAGGGGGAUUACCUUCCACUGGUCGCGGUUUGUCACAGGUGAAAGACCCUCAGUCAACAACCACUGGGAACAGCAGCAUCGCCACUGAAACAGCGGCAGCGGGAGGCAGAGGAGUAGGAUCAGCAGGGGCUGCAGGCGGGUCUAUGUGGGAAUCACUCUCUUCUGAAGAAACCAUUUGGCCCCAGGCUUCAUCUCUUGCUACCCAACCUCGUGGUGCUGGCGCUGCUGCUGCUCCCGUUGCCAUACCUCAGGCUCGAGCCCGAACCAAAGGCCCCGGCUCGGGGCUAGAGACUGGUUCUACAACAGUGGGUUCUGGUGGGCAUGUGGUUCGGGUUGGGUUCGGGGAUCUCGCCCAAUCACUAUCACCCGAAGCUCACAUGUACAGCUACCUGGAAGGGGCGAGGUCUGGCGGAGGCUCGGCAGGUUCGUUCCGUGGCUCGGCAGGGCGGGCUGGAGGUUCGUAUAUGGCAGUGGUAGGUGGGUACUGUGAUGGGCAGAGAGAGCAGUUGAGAGUGCAAGGGUGGCAUGAGGAGGUGAUUGGCAGGUUACCUGAUAACCAGAAUGUACUUAUGAACGGUCAGGUGAACGGUGAGGUGAACGGCCUGGUGAAUGGUCAGGUGAAUGGGGAGGUGUUCAGCCAGCAGCCGCAGCAACACGAUACACAGUUAGCAGGGCAGCAGGAGCAGCAUCUGGGAGGAGCGGCAAACCCUUGUGAAGGAGGAGGAGGAGGAGGGUCGGGAGGUACAGUGGUUGGCGGUGGUUGCAGCGAAGCCCUAAGCGUGGGUGGUGGUGGUGGCUGUGGAGGAGGAGCAGCAGGAGGAGGAGGAGGAGGAGGAGGAGGGGGUGUGGGAGGGGCAAGCAGUGGAGCUGGGUGUGGGGCAGGAGGGGGCGGUGGGGUGCGCACGGUGUGCAACAGCACGGAGGCAGCGCUGGUGCUGACGGAUUCGAACAAGAAUGGCCACUGCAGCCGCGUCUAUGCUCUCGCUGUAGCCGACCCCCUCAUCUGUAGCGGCGCCGGGGACACCUUUGUCAAGGUAUGGUCGCUGGUGACGGGCGAGUGGGUGGCAACGCUGCACGGCCACAAGGGGGGUGUUAUGGCGCUCGCCACAGCCGAUGCAGCGGCUGAUUCCUCCCACCGUUCCUCCUCUGUUGCCAACUCUCUCGGCCCAUCCAAGCCUCACCAUGCACCACCUCCCCGAGCCUCUAAGCCUCUGUGGCGCCUCUUCAGUGGGUCAAGGGACAACACGAUCAGGGUGUGGGAUCUCUCAUCGCUGCUCUGCAUCACCACCCUCACCGGCCACACCGACGACGUUGUGGGGCUCGCCUCUGGCCCUAACAACCGUCUCUUCAGUGCGUCAGUGGAUCACACCAUCAGGGUGUGGAGCAUGGUGACGUACGAGUGUGAGCGAGUGUUCCUCCAGGAGGGCUCCAUCUUCCUCUCCAUCGCAUGCACGCCCACCGGGGUCGUCACCGGCUCCAGCGACGGUGUAGUGCGGUACUGGGAGGUGGACUCUGCCAGCGUGGACCAAACACAGGCCGCCACGGAGGACAGUAAGGGGCUCUUAACCGCCUCUCAUUCACACCACCUCCCGCACUCCACUCCAAGCUUCAAGCUCCAGAACGAGUCAGUGGCGGCGGAGCAGAGGCUGAUGGAGGACACGUUGAGGCAGCUGGUGCGCAUGAGGACCGUCAGCACAUGCACGUCCCGCCUCGCUGCACAGGAGAUGUGGCGGGCGGCCAACGUGGUGAUGGGGUUGCUGGAGGACAUAGGGGCGGAGGCGAAGCUGGUGGUGGCCGUGGAUGGGACCAGCCCUGUGGUGUUCGGCCGCAUCGUGCAGGACCCCAGCCGUCUCACCGUGUGCAUAUGUGGACACUACGAUGUCACGGGUGCCGGCGACGUGGACGGCUGGAUGAGCGACCCCUUUGAUCUGACGGCUCAGGACGGCUUUCUCAUUGGCCGAGGGGUGUCCAGCAGCAAGGGCCCGCUGAUUGCCUCCCUCUUUGCCAUCAAGGAUCUGGUGUGUCGGGGCGAGCUGGCAAUCAACAUUGUGUUUGUGAUCGACGGCAUGCAGGAGAAUGGGUGCAAGGGCUUCAAGGAGGCGGUGUACGCCAACCUGGACUGGUUUGAGGGCACGGGGCUCAUUCUCAGCAGCGAUGGCGCGUGGAUCAGCGACCAGCACCCGUGUCUCAUAUACGGCAUGCGCGGGCUGAUCUGCCUGACGGUGGCGGUGACGGGGCCGCUCAAGGACUUGCACUCGGGCACACACGGGGGCAGCUUCAACGAGCCCCUCAACGACCUUGUCACUGUGCUCUCCAACCUCGUCGACUCCAACAACAUGAUCCUCAUCCCAGGGUUCUACGACGAUGUGAAGCCAUUGGACGAGGAGGAGGAGGCGCUGUACCAGGGGCUGCACUUCCGAGUAGACGAGUACAAGGCGCGCAACGGGUUGGCGGCAGUGACAGGGGGCACGGGGCGGGAGGUGCUGCAGAGCUGCUGGCGCAGCCCGUCGCUGAGCGUGCUGGGCGUCUCCACCUCGCCCUCUUGCGCGCCCUCCUGGUCCUCUCUCCCCAAAGCUGCGUCGGCUAGGGUGGUGAUCCGGCACGUGCCGAACCAGAAUCCCGACCGCCUGGUGCAUCGCUUCCGGGCGCACGUGGCUCAUGAGUUUGCCAAGCUGCGAUCCGCGGGGAACUCCAUAGCUGUCACUGUGGAGCAUGUCGGCGACUGGUGGUUGGCAGACCCCUCCUGCUCCUUCUACCAGCUAGCAGAGAAGUGCAUUCACAGGCACUGGGACAUGCCGCCCAUGUACAUCAGGGAGGGCGGCACGAUGCCGGUGGUGCCUUUCUUGGAAUCGGCCUUGGGAGCGCCGGCCAUCAAGAUUCCCAUCAGCCAGGCCACCGAUGGCAGCGCACUCCAGAAUGAACGGCUGGGAUGGAGCCACCUUAUCAAGGGCAAGGAUCACCCCAUUGCUGACGCCAGCAUCCCGUUGCUGCUGUCAGCGUUGGCUGCUGCUGAUGUCAGCCUUACCAUGGCCUGCCCGGUGCAACUUGUCAUCAGAUUCAACCUGAGGCAGUAUGGACAUCAUAGCACAGCCGUCUCUACCUCACAUCACAUCUUUAUCCUUCUCUUCUUUUUGCACCAGCACAACACGUAG